AUGCUAGUCACUUGUGACUUCGAACGGAUGGCCCUGGAUCUACUGGAGCCCAUCAAACCGGGUGGACUGACUCUGAAGGACAAAUUUGAUGCUAUCAGUCGUUUAUUUCCCAAAGCCAAAGCCUGGAUUGACUGGUGGAAUACGGCGGACAUCCACGCCAUGCUGUUCUGCUCGCGAGAACGGUUACCGCUAGACGAUCUACCACUACCAGAUGAAUUACACAAUUACAAGCUUCCCGAUACUACUAACGGUCAAGAAUCCAGGCAUCAGCAAUACUAUAUUUUAACAUCCGGAAAUUGUACCAUUAUCCAGGGUUUUAUUCAGCCGUUACUCUUUGUGGAAUCUUUGAAGAAGGACUACCACCAACUCCUUCGUGGCAUUCCCGUGAAGUAUGGAUUGAAUUGGGAUUCAGUUGUUGAGACCAUGGGAUGGUCAAAAGAACGCACCCGCCGCCGUCCCAAGUUCAACAAUGAACAAGCCCCCAAUAUGACGGAAGCCCUUCUUGCCCAAGAAAGCCGGCCGACCAACAGGAUCCUUGAAUGUCAACCAAAACUCGCACUCUUCGUACCAAUCUUACUCGGCAAGCAACGAUCUUGCCUUUACACCUCUGUGGGUCGAAGGUACCAAGGGCAAGGGCAAGUAUAUCACAUCCAAACUCAUCCGGCAUUAUUCUUCGAGACUUUUGUCCGAGAUGCAUCGAUCCGCUCAUAUCAAAUCAGUACUGUCUCAAGGCCUUUGAUCCCUUCAUUCAGCUAUUCAAUCAGUAGUCCAGGUGGUGUACCUCCUUUGGCUGGACAACAUUUCUCUCAUAAGCUUAUCCGUGACUAUCAAUGCAGCCAAUAUGAUGGCUAUCAUCAAGAAUCGGACGGCCUUGAUAAUGUCACUGUCAAGGACUUUUCACUACCAGCGCGUGGUGCUGCCCAAGUUGCCUUGCCGACCAUCUUGAUCCGUCCAAACACGUCCCUUGGUUGUAUGAAAGGUCCUGUUUGGAUUUCUCCCCAUCACCUAUAUGGUGUUGCGGGCCUCAAACCCGACAAUCAGACCAGGUUCAUGGAUGAUGGACAGGCACAGCUACUUGGUUGCAAUCUGGACUUGAUGUCAGGAGCCCAACCAUCCACCAGUUGGCUCAUCUACCAACAAAAGCCUACCACUGAGGAACAGAAAAUCAUUGAUGCUGGCAUUGCAAAAAUCACCGCCAAGAACCCUGAUGCCCUUGGUGAUGUACCAUUUGUGUCAGCCAACGACUCAGAAGGCAUGCAAGAUCAGAUUGACGAGGACUCCCCUCCCUCCAAUGUAGCAUCAAUCGAGACGGGCCCAAUUAAUGCGGUGAAGCAAGCGUUCACCUCUUUAGCCAUCAAGACUGAAAAUGACUCACAGGCUACCAAGAUACCUGCGCCGCCUCCAAAUGCACCAGCAACAAACAAGGCCAGGAGAGCCUUUGUAUCGGCGGUCAAUACCGAAAUCCUUGAAUCAAGUCAACUUGUGGCUAAUUCACACCUUGACAACGGUUUUGAUGAUGAUCUUUCAGGUCAGGAGGAUCUAAAAGCCCUGUCUCCGCCAGCUAAUUCUUGGAUCAAUAACCCUCCUACUCAACGCAUAAAUCCUUCGGCCAGCAUCUCUGGCCCCGAGCCGAAAGAACCCAUCCAAGAAAGCAUCAAGCUCCGCUUCAGUAUCAAAUGA